AUGAAACCAUUUCUGCGAUUUUUGACGCGACGGGAAGCCGAUGAAUUAGGUGCGAAACUCCUACGUGAACUUCAACUUCGUUCUGAGCUGGAACAGUUAUAUGAGUAUCGAAAACGGGGUGUUCGCCAAAUGAGCGAUAUUCAUUUGCGUUCUAUGGUUCCUUUGGUGGCAGAACCGUUGGUUGCGACGAGUGGAGGCGCUGUACGAUCCAGGCGACCGGCAUUCUUUAAAAGCGGAUCUCAUACCCGUACAAUGUAUUCUACUUUUGGACGAAUUAAGAAAAUCCGGACCGCUGCUCGGCGACGUGCAGUCAAAGGGGGUCACUUAAGGAGGCGAUUGUAA